AUGGCAGGUAACAAAGAUCUCAAAAUGAAAGGUCCACUCAUGGAGGAAGAAUCACAAACUGUGAAGGAGGCUUACCAGAGGGGUAAGUUCGACACCAUGAAGCAUUACAGGGCUAUGAUGAUUAUGUAUCGUGACCAGACAAGAGCAAUUGAAGCAAGGCACUUGGUCGAAUUCAAUAAGGUUCGCCUUCAGGCGAAACUUGAGUUCCUCCAUGAAUGUGAGUCUCUUUUUUCCAUGUACCAUGAAAAGAAGAAGACCGAGUUCGAUUUGGCCCUUGGUGAAUCCAAACUUGAAGAUGUUCGUGUUCCUACUAUAGAUUGGUUCAAGCUUGGUGAACCAAUAAUGUAUGACUGA